AUGGAGAACACAGACACCUGGAUGUGGUUUAUUGAGCUACUUCAAGCUGAUCUGCACCUUACCAAUGCCACUGUUUUCAUGUCCGAUAAACAAAAGGGUUUGGUGAAUGCUGUGAAGGAGCUGUUCCCAUAUUCAAAACACCAAGUUUGCUGGAGGCAUUUAUGGGCCAAUUUCAGGAGCACGUUUCACACGCAACACAUGAAGCCCUUCAUCUGGAACAUUGGAACAUCAACUUAUAAAGCAGCCAUGGAUAGAGCAAUGAAAGCUCUAGAAGACAAACAUGACGCGGACUUCAAAUGGAUCAGAGACAGGCCCAGGAAACACUGGUGUAGAGCGCUGUUCAAGGAGGAAGUCAAAUGUGAUAUCCUCCUAAACAACCUGGCUGAAGCAUUCAACAAGUACAUAUUUGCUGCAAGAGAGAAGCCAGUGUUGUCAAUGUUCGAAAUGAUAAAGAUUCAGCUUAUGAAGAGGAUAAAUGACAAGCAGAAGUUUGGGAGAAAUAUGGAGGGUGAGCUGUGUCCAAAGAUCAGAAAGAAGUUGGCCAAAAUUGUUGAUUAUGGUUGGAAGUUCACCGCAGAUCCUGGUAGUAGCCCUCAGUGGCAGGUAGAUGGCCCAGGGGGCCAGUUCGUGGUUGAUUGGGCUAACAGAACAUGCACAUGUCGAAGGUGGCAGCUUACUCGAAUCCCAUGUUCGCAUGCCACACCAUGCAUAUAUGGAAAUAAUCAACGGCCUGAAGAGUUUGUGGAUGACUGUUACAGCAUAGCUACGUAUGAGAAGGUAUACAGCUAUGUAAUCAACCCUAUGAAUGGGCCAGACAUGUGGGAAACAGACCCUGAGCCAUUCAACAUCAUACUCCCACCAUCCCCAGUUCAUCAGAAGAAGAGGGGCAGAAUACCAAAGGAUAGAAGAAUGGAGGCGGAGGAACUAGAGAAACAAAGGGUUGAAAAUGCCAAGGAAGCCGCUGCAAAUAGGGCAAAGUUGCCAAGGAAGGGAAAUAUGAGAAUGACUUGCAGUUUAUGUGGCAAAUUUGGACACAAUAAAAGGGGGUGCCUAAAGAGAAGUGGGGGUCAGUCUGCUGAAAGAGAGCCUGGUGGUCAGUCUGCUGAAAGAGAACUUGUGCUUCAUGACGCUCCAGUCACCCUCCGCUGGAUGAUGGAUGUUAGUGAAUGUCUGGGUACAAGUCAAGUCGUUCAUAGGUCACCGAGUACACGUGAAACCUUUCCAUUUGUCGAUGAAGCAGUUCAGGCGGAACCUCCGGUUGUUGAACAAAGCCAACCAGACUAG